GCAGCGCCGAGACCUCAGCCGCCAAGCCCCGCCCUCCGCCCCAGGCUCUGUCCUGGGGCUCGCCUGAGGCCCACCACCCGCACCCCACCCCUAGUGGGCUUGCUCGAGGCCCACCUGCUCCCCACUUCCCGCAAAUCCCAGUAGGCUCGCCCUCGCUGACUCCCUGCCCCCGCGUCAACUGCAAGGGGCCCGCCCACAGCCAGUUCCGGGGCGGUUGCUCCCACCGACCGGAACUCCCCGCCCCCUCCCGCGGCCCCGGGGCCGUAGGAGGCAGCAGUGAGGAGGUAGAGGGGGCGGGGGUCGCGCUAGGGUGUCCCUGGAGAACAGGGACUCUGAAGGCGAGACAUUGGGGCGACUCCCGGGUGGGGCCAGCCAUUAAAUAGUCCCACUUCUUCUGUGCCAGGCACUCUGAACUGGGCUCUUGACUGGCAUCAUCUCUUAAUCCUCAGAGCAUCCCAGGGAGCUCCACAGGAUCCCCAUAUCCUGGGCCAUGAGUGAGUUGAAAGACUGCCCCUUGCAGUUCCACGAUUUCAAGUCUGUGGAUCACCUGAAGGUCUGUCCCCGCUACACGGCAGUGCUGGCGCGCUCCGAGGACGAUGGCAUCGGCAUUGAGGAGCUGGACACCCUGCAGCUGGAGCUUGAGACCCUGCUGUCUUCUGCCAGCCGGCGCCUGCGCGUGCUUGAAGCCGAAACCCAGAUCCUCACCGACUGGCAGGAUAAGAAAGGUGACCGUCGAUUCCUGAAGCUGGGUCGAGACCAUGAACUUGGAGCUCCCCCCAAACAUGGGAAGCCCAAGAAGCAGAAACUGGAAGGGAAGGCGGGACAUGGGCCAGGCCCUGGCCCAGGACGGCCCAAAUCCAAAAACCUUCAGCCCAAGAUCCAGGAAUAUGAAUUCACUGAUGACCCUAUCGACGUGCCACGGAUCCCCAAAAAUGAUGCCCCCAACAGGUUCUGGGCUUCAGUGGAGCCCUACUGUGCUGACAUCACCAGCGAGGAAGUGCGCACACUUGAGGAGCUACUGAAGCCCCCAGAAGAUGAGGCUGAGCAUUACAAGAUCCCACCCCUGGGGAAGCAUUACUCCCAACGCUGGGCCCAGGAGGACCUGCUGGAGGAGCAGAAGGAUGGGGCCCGGGCAGCGGCUGUGGCUGACAAGAAGAAAGGCCUCAUGGGGCCACUGACCGAACUGGACACUAAAGAUGUGGAUGCCCUGCUGAAGAAGUCUGAGGCCCAGCACGAGCAGCCAGAAGAUGGGUGCCCCUUUGGUGCCCUGACCCAGCGCCUCUUGCAGGCCCUGGUGGAGGAAAAUAUUAUUUCCCCUAUGGAGGACUCUCCUAUUCCUGACAUGUCUGGAAAAGAAUCAGGGGCUGACGGGGCAAGCACCUCCCCUCGCAAUCAGAACAAGCCCUUCAGUGUGCCGCAUACUAAGUCCCUGGAGAGCCGCAUCAAAGAGGAGCUCAUUGCCCAGGGCCUUUUGGAGUCUGAGGACCGCCCCGCAGAGGACUCUGAGGAUGAAGUCCUUGCUGAGCUGCGCAAACGGCAGGCAGAGCUGAAGGCACUUAGUGCCCACAACCGCACCAAGAAGCAUGAUCUGCUGAGGCUGGCAAAGGAGGAGGUAAGCCGGCAGGAGCUGAGGCAGCGGGUGCGCAUGGCUGACAAUGAGGUCAUGGACGCCUUUCGCAAGAUCAUGGCUGCCCGGCAGAAGAAGCGGACUCCCACCAAGAAAGAAAAGGACCAGGCCUGGAAGACUCUGAAGGAGCGUGAGAGUAUCCUGAAGCUGCUGGAUGGGUAGCCCUCACCCUUGCCUCAGGCUGCCUUCUGGGGGAGGGGAGGGGAGGCCCACUUCCUUCUUUGGGCACAGGAAGCAUUGGCCUGUGGCUGUCCCUCAAAUGGUGGCAGUCUCUAGAGGACUGUGGCCCUUCCUCUGAGGUCUUUUGGCCUGCCUAGCUCUGCACAGCCAGGACAUAGGAAGCCCUGCUGGGUUGGCCUGGGCCCUAGUCUGCUUGGUUCUCAAGAUGAGGUUGGGGGGGUAUUUCGUUUCUGGAUCUUCCUCCUCCCUCUCUUUACCAUCCCCGACUCCCUAACCCCCUACUUCUGUCUCCCCCUGAAGGACUUCUCCCUUGUGGUUUUGUAAAGUGCAAACUUAAGAAUAAAGUGACUGCUGUGGUUUUUCAAAAAAAA